AUGUUUUCUUCACUACGACAAGUAUUCUCGCUGUGCAUCUGCAAUGACACAGCGGCAGAGGUCAGCGAAGAAGUCCGUUUCAAAAGUGGCCAGGGCGAUUUCAGCACUGUCAAUGUGUCGCCGCAGUGUGCCGUCCACAAGGAGCAGCUUGACGAGCUCUUCCGAUCGAAGCCAUACCUGAAGUCGAAGGAGCACGAGCUCGCCUUCUUCAUCGACGAGCUGUGCAAGGCUAUCGAAAACGGCAACACUGAUGAGGCCCAGAACUGCCUUGACAUUCUCCAGAUGAAAUUGGAUCUGGAGGAGAAGAAUAUUUCAGCUGCAUUCAAAAAAUUCGAUCACAGUGGUGACGGCGUCCUCGCUAAAAACGAGGUCAAAUUCAUGCUCGACUACUUGGGCUUCCCAGAUACCCAAGAAGAUGUGGACAAGCUGAUGAACAAAGUGGACACGAGCCGCGAUGGAACAAUUCAGUUUGACGAGUUCCUGCGCUACGUUGGCAAAGUCGGCGGCACAGGAAAGCUCUUCGAGAUUCGACGACAGCAGAUCCAGGAGCGUGGAGGCUUCAAAGGCUCCAUCUCCGAUCCAGACAAUCUCCGAGUGGCAUUGCAGGAGUGUGGGAUCAACCCGGAAGCACAGGCCCACUGGCGACUGACCGCCAGUGAGUCGGAGCUAGACAGUGCUGCCCAGCUGCGACCAUGCCAGCAGGCGGCAAUUCGUCACAUUCGAAACCUUGCUCAAGAGAACCACGAGCGAGCGCUGCCGGAGUUGCAGAAGAGAGUGCAAAACCUGGGGUACACUGACACAGAGCUCUUCAUGGCACUUUCUUGGGUCAGGGAGCUGGCGCCAUUGAUUGUACAUAUCAACUUGGACAAGGUCGGCCAGUUCUUCGUGAAGGACACUCACUAUCGGAACCAGUUCGAGACCAAAACGUCCGGCGGGUUGUUGAAAACCUCGGCGCGUGAAAAGUGGGAGCGCGGACUCUUCGGCACAGCCUACGACGGUGCAAGACCCGCUGAAAGGCCGAAAUACGGAGUGCAGAACAUCUGGAACGACCCCAGAGGCGUUGUCGGGGCCCGCCAGUAUGGCGAUUCCUACAUCGUCCUGAAGGACAUCCGCCUGCGAUGCACUCUUUCUCCACAAGAUUCCGCAAACCUGCCAGCUCGAAGGCUCGCAGUUCUGGACUACUACGCCCACGUGCUGCUGGAGUACAGCGACAAGGAGCUGAAGGAGACAAUACGUGUCGCAGAGAAGGGUGAUGAGAAAGUUGGUGAUUCCGAAAAGGUCGUCGAGAAGUGGGGCAUGUACAAGGAAGCACAGCUUCAUGGUGAGAUCGAUCUGCGAAAGCAUGUGGAUCGUCUCGUAGCGAACGAGCGCCAUAGGAAGCAAGCGGACUGGGUGGAAAGCAUUUGCAAGAAGAACGGCUGGACUCUCACAUGGAUGGACGACGCACGGCUACAUACCCCUGGAUCGAAAUGCGAACGCAUCUUGAAGAUAGGCAAAGUGGGGUCGAGCUUGAUGCAAAGCAGUGGCAGCUUAGAUGCACUGCAAAACCCGGUUUUCGCUCUGCUGUACAACGACCGUCGCGCAGAGACUAUCGGAAUGGUUUCGGCCUCUAAGGGAAGCAAAGCUCAAGAAGCUGGGCAGUGCAAGUGGGCCUCUGCAUGCGUUUUUGUGCUCGGAACUGCGCUAGACUGUAGCCCGGCCGCAGCCACAGCCGUGACAUUCGUUGCUGCCAGGCAGCGCCAAGCCGUGAGGGCAGGGCCAGAUCAGGUCAGCAGCGAGGUCUUUUUCCACGGCGUGCAGGGCGAUUUCAGCGCGGUCGAAGUGUCACCACGGUGUACUGCCCACAAGGAUGAGCACGAGCUCGCUUUCUUUAUCGACGAGCUGUGCAAGUCGAUUGCAAAUGGAAACGCAGAUGAGGCACAAAACAACCUCGACAUCCUGCAGAUGAAGCUGGAUCUGGAGGAGAAGCACAUUGCAGCUGCAUUCAACAAGUUUGACCACAGCGGGGAUGGCGUCCUCGCCAAAAACGAGGUCACUUUCAUGCUCGACUACUUGGGCUUUCCAGACACUCCAGAGGAUGUGGACAAGCUGAUGAGCAUAGUGGACCGGGACACGAGCCGCGAUGGAACAAUUCAGUUUGACGAGUUUUUGCGCUACGUCGGCAAAGUCGGCGGCACAGGGAAGCUCUUCCAGAUUCGACGGCAGCAGCUCCAGGAGCGUGGAGGCUUCAAAGGCUCCAUCUCCGAUCCAGACAAUCUCCGAGAGUGUGGGAUCAACCCGGAAGCACAGGCCCACUGGCGACUGACCGCCAGUGAGUCGGAGCUAGACAGUGCUGCCCAGCUCCGACCAUGCCAGCAGGCGGCAAUUCGUCACAUCCGCAAUCUCGCUCAAGAAAACCACGAGCGAGCUCUUCCAGAGUUGCAGCGCAGAGUGCAAAGUCUGGGGUACACGGACACAGAGCUUUGGAUGGUGCUUUCUUGGAUCAGAGAGCUGGCGCCCUUGAUUGUACAUAUCAAUUUGGACAAGGUCGGCCAGUUCUUCAUGAAGGACACUCAUUAUCGGAACCAGUUCGAGACCAAAACUUCCGGCGGGUUGUUGAAAACAUCCGCUCGUGAAAAGUGGGAACGCGGACUCUUCGGCACAGCCUAUGAUGAUGCCAAACCGGCUGAGAGACCGAAAUACGGAGUGCAGAACAUUUGGAACGAUCCCAGAGGCCUUGUCGGGGCCCGUCAGUAUGGCGAUUCCUACAUCGUUUUGAAGGACGUCCGCUUGCGAUGCACUCUUUCUCCACAAGAUUCCGCCAACCUGCCUGCGCGAAAGCUCGCAGUUCUUGACUACUAUGCCCACGUAUUGCUGGAGUACAGCGACAAGGAGCUGAAGGAGGCAAUCCGUGUUGCAGAGAAAGGUGAUGAGAAAGUUGGUGACUCCGAAAUGGUUGUCGAGAAGUGGGGCAUGUACAAGGAAGCGCAGCUUCAUGGUGAGAUCGAUUUGCGAAAGCAUGUAGAUCGGCUCGUGGCGAACGAGCGCCACAGGAAGCAGGCGGACUGGGUGAAGAAGCUUUGCAAGAAGAAUUGCUGGACUCUUACAUGGAUGGAUGAUAUGCGAACCCAGCUGGAAGAUAGGCAAAGUGGAGUCGAGCUGGACGUGAAAGAUUGGGAAGAAACACUCCAGAAGCUGGGUCGUGCAAGUACUACAGCUCUGGGCACAGUCCCGCGUGGUCUAUGCAAACUAGGUUGUGGUCGACCCGCGGCCUCAGGACGGAAUCAAGCAGGACAGCCUCGUAACACAUGCUGCCGAGGAUGCGAAAAGGGAUUUGGACACGACGCCAGCUGCGGUCGUGCACCUGCAUAG